AUGACCAUCAGCUUGGACAGGAGAGCGGUUGUGCUGACCGACACUGCUAUACCCAUUGCGCUGACGGCCAUGCCUAGAAGUCAUGCUGUCACAAACAAUGGGCGAAAUAUCAGGGAUUUCUUCAAGGCAGCUCAAGUGCCUCAGCGACCAAAAUCCUCACAAGAUCACGACCUUCUCGAGGAGAUAAUUGUAGCAAGUGCGAGUCCAAGGCGACAAAGAGCCCCGACGGCUGAUAAGAAUUCGGCUGACGAAUUUGCCGAUGAAUCUCUCCCAGCCAACAACCUGGACCUAAGUGAAGCAAACGAUCGUGACAGACAUAGCAAAGUCUUCAAUGCUGAACAAGCAGCAGACUCACUGCUUAGUAACGGAGAGACACGAAUUCCCCAGGACGAUGUUCUUGUAUCCAGGGCUUCCCGUGAUACAUCGCCACAGCGCUUGCCCAGAAAGAACACUGUCACACGGGAUGGCUGCGCGAAGGCCAUGGACCUUCUCUCAGACUCUUCGUCGCCGCCCAGUAGUCUGAGCUCAUCACAGUUUCCCAUUUCACAAGCGUCGCAAUCUCUGGGGCCGCAACUCAGUGCAUCAGCCUCGAUGCCAGUGACUGCCGUCGAAAUGCCUCCACUGACAUCAGAGGAGCCUAUUGAACGGUGCCCCUUUCCUGGUACAUCAUUGCAUAGCAAACCUACUGCAAAUCUCUCUUUCUCGUCCGCCGUAAGUCUCUCCAGUGUACCUGCCAGUACUCAAAGCUCGAGCCGGCGAAUCGUGAAGGACGGAAUAAAAGGGGUCACAAAUUCCGACUCCGAUGAUAGCGCUGAAAGCGAGGAAGAACUUCCAGAUGUAUGGUCUCUGCUUCCAGCAAAGCGGAGGAAGCUAUCGCCUCCGGCCGAUUAUAGAGAAGAUGAUUCGAAGCACAUGUCUUCUCACGCAUCUCGAGGUGCAGCAAGCCGGCGACCAUGCUCAAGUAACACCAUGGUUGACUCUAGUCAACCUCUCCGCAAGAAUUACCAAUAUAAUCUUAUGAACAUGGCCAUAAAAGCGAAGAAUCGUAGGCUAGCUGCAGAUAGAAUCGCCACUUUGGAGAAAGCGAUGGAACACGAUCAAGAUACGGAGGACAACUCCAACCUCGUGGAAUUGCAGAACGCUAUUGCCACUGCAGCAAAUGAUGUCGACGAUCAGGAGCGAAUAGUGCUCGCCCUUGACAGAACGGAAGCAUUGGAACAGGCUCAGCGCUUCUACUUCUUUUCCGACGACCGACCUGCGCAGGCAGAUGUACCCUUCCCACGGUUCGCUAAGACUUUAUUAGAGAAGGAGCCCUGGCGUGCCAUACUCGCAGACGAGGAGUCUCGCAGAUAUGCUUUCACUACAGGGACCAUCGCCGAUAUGGCGAUGCAUUUUCCUUUGGAUCCCCAUUUGACAUUGUGGAUUGCGCAGCGGUUGAUGUUCGAGAAUGACGAACCUCUAUGUGAAUCGUAUGUGGAGACUUUGCGCAGAGCAGCUUUCAAUUCCGGUGUGCCCGACGAUCUAGCGAUGAUCCAGAAAUUCUGCAACGUGUACCCACCCAAAGGAAGGUCAUCUCGGGAGAUGGCUCCGACGGCGGCCCCUGCAGGACUCGAAUACAUCAUUCGUGUGGUCAGCUUGUGCUCUGCAGCAGCCGAUGAAACGAACAAUAAUUCCAAGAUGAGUCUGGCAACCUUCGUGCAUCUCGCUCUGAUCAACGUCGAUGAUAAUGUUCAAAAGGAUUUCGCUCUGCCUAUGACAGUUGCACGUUGCAUCGAGACCAUGUUGGAUCUGCUUCCAGCAGAAGUAUUCGGAGAUUUCACAUCGAAAAUCGCAGACGCCUUUGACUCUUUCCCAAGUCUAUCACGGAAUUUGAGGUGUCGAGUCAUUAUAUCGCUUCCUGGCGGAACCCAGCGCUCAAUUGAAACACGACGUCUUCUUGCUAUUGACCUACUGACACGGGCAUCCCAAUCGCAAUCGAAAUACGAACCUCGAACUGAUCUGGAGGUAUUGAUCUUGGACGCUCUGGAUCAAUCUCAUGAUUUCGCGAUCCGCGAUACAACCAAUUACAAACUUCUGCAAGGCCUCAUCGCGGUGCUGGAUCUUGGCAUUGGAGCAGGGCAUAUUCCAUACCAUUCUCCGAGACCACUAAAUUCCGCGACGCCCACGGCGACGUUGUUGAAAACCAAAGCUCCACAGCAAAAUGAUGUUACGAGACACCAUGAUGGAUAUAUCGAUGGCCUCACGCGACGGCUACAAUCAAUGUCCAGCCGAAUUCGUGGAGCUGGAACUACACAUUUAGCACGCACUGAGGCGAAGAGUUCCAUUGAGCGUCUGAUCGUGCGGCUGGAGUACAGCGUGCGGUCAAAGCCACGGCCACGCAAAAGCGCUUUUGGAGUUAGCGGCGACGGCUCGCUGGGAUCCUUGCUCAGCUUCCUCAAACCUGCGAGUGCCAAUGCUCUGGCGCUUAAGGACAAGGAUGGCAUAGACAACAAGAAUGCUGUAGCCAAUCAAGUUUGA